UAGCAUUCUGUGGAAUAACUCUAACAUUAUAUGGAAUGGUCACCCUUUGGUUUUUUAUUAUUGGAUAAAGAGAGGAAUAAUAUUCAUGAAUGAUACUGUCAAAAAUGGUAGACUUUGUACUUAUGAGGAAUUGAUAUGUAAAAUUGGAAAGACCGGUCAAACUAUACUUCAAUAUGCCGAAAGCUUGCAUAAAACAGGAUUUGUAUGAAUUAAACAACACUGAUGAAACAUUGUAUUUUAACAAUAUUAAUAUUAAGAAUGUAUCAUCACAAAACAUCAGAGAGUCACUUGUUCAAAAAAGAAUAUGUAAAAUUAAAUAUAAUGGCAUAGACAUAUCUGAAAGAAUAUGGGAAUCCCUUUUUCAUUGUACAAAAGAAGCGUCAUUGUUAGUUAUACAAUGGAAGAUUUUGCACAACAUAUACCCUAAUGGUACUUAUCUCAAAAAAUGUAAAAUAGAAAAUAGUGAUUUAUGCAAACAAUGCAAUGCAAGAGAUGCACCCUUGGUAUACGCAGCUAACGAAAAUUGAUCGGUACGGGUCAAAAGCUGGACCGGUACGGGUUAACGGUUUUAUUUGAAUUUAAAACAGCCAUAACUUGCUAAAUAUUGACUUCCUCGUGUCUAAUUUGAAAUAUAUGAU